UCUUAUGACCAUGGCUGUUUUGAGUAGAAAGAGAAGAUGUAUUUUACAUGUUCUUUGUGUAAAUAUUCUGUGUCAGAUAUCUCCUAGUCUUGCUGUGACGAGAGAUUUACCAAUACAGUGUGUCACAGCUGAGGAUAAGAUGAACAAUGCCAGACUGAACAUUCUCUACACAUCUGGUAGUGUCCCUCCAAAUGAUUUGUACAGCAUUGUCUUAUAUUACCAGACUGAAGAAUGCUUUAAGUGCCCUUUAAUGAAAAAAGUGGUUAUAUCAAAUAACUCUACAUGUAAUAUUUUGAUUGACUCAAGAUGGAAAGCAAGAAUAGAAAUACGACCCAAUAACACAGAUGUUGUUAAACAAGACAAAUCUUGCUUGGAGGCAAAGUUAAGUAGAAAACUUCAUGAAUAUGGGGAAUAUGAUUUGUAUGUGGCAUUUAGUCCCUCCAGCACUGGAAAAGAAACACAAAAUGGCUCAAUUAAAUGUAAAGAUCCAGUAUUGACAAAUAUGCCAGAUGAUUCCUACAUUCCAAUAUAUGUUGCCAUUGGUUGUUUUGCUGGUGUGGCUAUCAUCAUAGCAAUUGGAAAAUUUCUAUACAAAAAAAGAUGGUAUUGUUUAAACAGACUGUUUCUGACUACUGGAAAUGAAAGCUUGAUAAACCCAGGGGCCUACACAUCAGAAGAUCUGGGCGUGAUGCAGACAACAAUAAACCCAGCAGAUGAACAAGACAACAGACCAAAGAAAGAGAGACUCAAGUCAUUAGAUACAUUCAGAGGAAUCAGUUUGACCAUCAUGAAUUUUGUGAACUAUGGGGGUGGUGGCUACUGGUUUUUUGACCACUCUGACUGGAAUGGUCUGACUGUGGCAGAUCUUGUGUUUCCAUGGUUUAUUUGGAUUAUGGGCACAGCCAUGGUGUACUCAUUUACAGGACUGUUAAGAAGAGUCACCCCCAAACACAAAAUUUUCUGGAAAAUAUUUAAGAGGAGCUGCAUUUUGUUUGUGUUGGGUUUACUGAUAAACACGGGAGGAUGUGAGGCUACUGCUCUUACUAAGCUGAGAAUACCUGGCGUAUUACAGAGGUUCGCUGGAACAUACUUUGUCGUGGCAUCCAUUCACAUGUUUUUUGCCAAAACAGUGGAUGUUAGCAUGUACACCUACUGGGGCUUUAUCCGAGACAUUGUGGAUUAUUGGCUGGAAUGGAUAUUUUAUCUCGUUUUUGUGACUGCCCAUAUUGUUAUCACCUUCGUAUUAGAUGUACCGGGCUGUCCCAAAGGAUAUGUAGGACCUGGUGGUCUACAUGAAAAUGGACAACAUAUGAACUGUACAGGUGGUGCUGCAGGCUACAUUGAUAGAAAAGUGUUUGGGGAAGGACACAUCUACCAAAGCCCUACAUGCAAGGAGAUAUAUAAAACCACAGUGCCUUAUGAUCCAGAGGGGCUUUUAGGAACACUGAAUUCCAUAUUUUUGUGUUUUUUAGGGUUACAGGCUGGUAAAAUUUUGAUGACAUAUAAAGAGCCAGCAGCCCGAGUGAAGAGAUUUAUAAUUUGGGGGGUAAUUUUGUGUAUAAUUGCCGGUGCUUUAUGUGAAUUUAAAAAAGAUGGAGGAGCAAUUCCAAUCAAUAAAAAUUUAUGGUCAUUAUCUUUUGUUCUGUGCAUGGCAGGCUUUGCCUUUUUCUUGUUAGCAUUUUGUUACCUUACCAUAGAUGUUUAUAAAGUGUGGAGUGGGGCACCAUUUUAUUUCCCAGGUAUGAACCCUAUUCUGUUGUACAUGGGACAUGAAGUUUUACAUCGUCAUUUUCCAAUCAGCUGGAAAGUGUCUUCUGAACAUUUUGCUCUACUCUUUAUGGACUUAUGGGGCACAGUAUUCUUUGUCCUUGUAGCACUGGUUUUGUACAAGAAGAGACUUUUUUUCUCCAUUUGACAUGUAUGUGACAUUAAGGUUCAAAAUCCAUUUCAGUCUACUCUUUAUGCAUUGCUCACAUUGAAAUCAGAUACCAUUUGUUAUGUCAAAUAGUGCCAAAUAUGGGGAUUAAAUCAGAGCAAGUUUUCUCUGUAUUGAAAACAUCAGUAAAUUUUAGUUUGGUAAACCAUAGUCAUGUUUUGUAGCAACAGUAACAGAAAUUGACUUUUGGGAAUUUUUUUUUAAUAAUAUGCACUACAAUCCUCUCAAUAACCUGUUUAAGCAAUUCAUUUUAAUACAACACAGCCUAAUUCUAGUUUGUUAAUGAACUAUAAAUAUCUCUCUUUACAUGUACCGCAAAUUAACUCAAAUUUCAAGAAAAGUUAGCCUUGCCAGUGUCCAUGCAGUAGACAGUGUGAUGAUCUGAGUUGUAUGGUAUGAUAAUAUGAUUUAUCAUUUCUAAGGUUGAAUAAGACAUGUAUCAAACAGAUUUGACACUUUGGAAUUUAUGACAAUUUGACUUUAACCAUUUUCAUAUGAUGUUAGAGUAUGUCCUUCCGUUCAGUUUUUUUAAAGUACUUAUAUGUACAUGUGUAUACUCUAAUAGCAGCUACAAUUAAUGUAUUAAGGAAAAACCUUUUUGGUUUUGUUUUAUUCAUCAUGGGUUGUUGCAUUCAUAUUACAUGAAACAUGAUUUAUUGUACAGUGCAAUAUACAACUUUAAUAAAAUUUAUAUACACGAUUUCACUUA